GGGCCGGAGCCGCGCGGCGGGUGCCGGGUGCCUGCGGGCGGUGGGUGCGGGCGGGCGGGCGGGCAGUGCCCGGCGCCCCGCGGCCCCGCGGCGGGCGAAGAUGGCCGGGGCGAUCAUCGAGAACAUGAGCACGAGGAAGCUGUGCAUCGUCGGCGGCGUGCUGCUGGUCUUCCAGGUCAUCGCCUUCCUCGUGGGGGGGCUCAUCGCUCCCAGCCCCACUACAGCUGUUCCUUACAUGUCAGUGAAGUGCAUUGAUGUAAGAAAAAACCACCACAAAACCAAGUGGCUGAUGCCCUGGGGACCCAACCACUGUGAGAAGCUCAAAGACUUCGAUGAAGCGGUGAGCAGGCAGAUCGAGGCCAACGACAUCGUGUUUGCCGUGCACAUCCCUCUCCCCAGCAAGGAGAUGAGCCCCUGGUUCCAGUUCAUGCUUUUCAUCAUGCAGCUGGACAUCGCCUUCAAGAUGGACAACGACCUGAAAGAAAACGCAGAAAUUACCCUGGAUGUGUCAUUAGCGUAUCGCGAUAACAUGUUUGAUGAAUGGGAAGAAAUAGCACAUGCGAUAGAGAUCAGGAAGCUGAAAUGCACCUUUGGCUCUCCAAAAACCCUGGAGUCCGAAGGCCGUCACUACGACUGCGACUUCCUUCCCUUCAUGGAGAUCGGCAGCGUGGCUCACAAGUACUACCUCAUCAACAUCCGUCUGCCCGUGAACGAGAGGAAAGGCAUUAAUGUGGGCAUUGGGGAAAUCAAGGACAUCCGCCUCGUGGGUAUCCAUCAAAACGGAGGCUUUACAAAAGUGUGGUUUGCCAUGAAAACCUUCCUCACCCCCAGCAUUCUGAUCAUCAUGAUCUGGUACUGGAGGCGGAUCACGCUGAUGACACGCGCUCCCGUCCUGCUGGAGAAGGUGAUCUUUGCUCUGGGAAUUUCCAUGACGUUCAUUAACAUCCCAGUGGAGUGGUUUUCCAUCGGCUUUGACUGGACGUGGAUGCUGCUCUUCGGAGACAUUCGACAAGGCAUUUUCUAUGCCAUGCUCCUGUCAUUUUGGAUCAUCUUCUGCGGAGAGCACAUGAUGGACCAGAACGAACGGAACCGCCUCUCGGGGUACUGGAAGCAGGUUGGACCCAUAGCUGUCGGCUCCUUCUGCCUCUUCAUCUUCGACAUGUGCGAGAGGGGAGUGCAGCUGAAAAACCCCUUCUACAGUAUCUGGACCACCGAGGUCGGCACGGAGCUGGCUAUGGCCUUUAUUAUAGUUGCAGGAAUUUGCUUGUGCCUUUAUUUUCUCUUCCUGUGUUUUAUGGUCUUCCAAGUUUUCAGAAACAUCAGUGGAAAGCAGUCAAGCCUGCCAGCAAUGAGCAAGGUUCGCUGUCUUCAUUAUGAGGGGCUGAUUUUUAGGUUCAAGUUCCUGAUGCUCAUCACCCUGGCUUGUGCAGCAAUGACAGUCAUCUUCUUCAUCGUGAGCCAGGUGACGGAAGGCCACUGGAAGUGGGGGGACAUCACGAUCCAGGUGAACAGCGCCUUCUUCACCGGCAUCUACGGGAUGUGGAACCUCUACGUCUUCGCACUCAUGUUCCUGUACGCGCCGUCACACAAGAAUUAUGGGGAAGAUCAGUCAAACGGUGACCUGGGAGUGGGCAGCGGCGAGGAGCUCCAGCUCACCACCACCAUCACCCACGUGGACGGCCCCACGGAGGUUUACAAGUUGGCUCGCAAGGAGGCUCAGGAGUAAGGCCGAGAUCCCGGCGGCUGAGACGCGAGACAAAGUGGAGUACACAGGACGACACAACGCCCUCCUGCAGGAGAUGUGUCCGACGUAACUUGCUUUCUGAGCACCCAGCAUCUAGUGUAUUUUCACAGAGCAGUGACGCCGAGCAUAACAUUUGUAAACUCUUUAAUAUGUUGUAGUUAUUUCUGGGGGAGGGAUAUGUAUAUUGUGUUACACUUGAGCACGUAAAAAUCUGCUAGAAAAGCAUUAAUGUUGCAAAGUCGCACGUUCAGACGGUACAAGUGGCAGACCUGGCCUUGGGCCAUUUUUGCUGGGCUGUGUGUGUGUGCCUGCGCAUGAGGAUGGGGAGGACGGAGCAGAACUAAGGCUUCAUUUUGAAAGCAUUUAAUUCACUCAUCUAUAAUUGCAUCAAACAGUGUUUGAGGUCUUUGGUAUAGCUCUGUAACCCCACAGCAAACCUGUCACUUGAAUGAAACAGAGCUGGGGAAGGGGGUAGACUGCUGGUCAUAUUUAAGAUGUGAGUAGUAAAAGAAGCAGCUACACGCUUUUUCGGUAGGCUUCACAGCUGUUUGUUAAAUACAGGGGAAUGUAAAAACUGGAUUGCAGGAGAAAUGUGUGCUCCUGUCCCAGUGCCCAGAGGUACUGAUCUCACAGCCAGCUCCUGCCUGUUCUCAGCCCCAUUUGGCUCCCCUUGCUCUAGUCUUCCUCUGUCUUGCCUUUUUGAUACAUCUUCAUUUUUCUGCUGCUUACAUGCCGGGGGCAGAAGAGCAGGGCCCCAGGGUGGGCAGGAGAUGGGCCCUUCCCAGGGGAAAUCCACGUGGCACACAGUCAUGCGGACGUCUGCUUUUCAGACGAGGACACUCACCCCGUGCUGUGGCUGCUGGUCUGACUCAGACGGCUAGCAGUGCCAGGGCAGUGGGAACUCGCAUGGGGUGGAGGCUUAAACUGGGCUGUGCUGGGGGCAAGUUACGAGACGUGUUGGUGGCUUGGACACAGCCAGAAGGGUCGGUGCUACUCAGGACCCACCUUGUCGUAAGGCCUGGGAGAGAACUUGAGGACACAGCUGGCCUUGGUACCUGGCGCUAGCGCAUCUGAUAACCCCUAGUAACAUGCAGCUCAACCUCCCCACCCCACUUUUGUCCCCACAAGGUAAUCUACUGCUGCUCUCUGUUGCAUUUCCCACCAGGACCACUGCACCAAAUGCAUUGCGCCAGGAGGUGCUGCUCUGCUGCGGCCCCAGUAAGAAUGGCACUCUGAAGUGGCAUUGAGAGUCCAUUUAUUGGAGCUACCGCUCUGAAAGAGAGGAUAGCACAGACAAUCUUACAGCCCCUCAGCUGCUGGGAGCCCCAGGCUGUGCACCAUCAAACGGGGCUCGGCACAGCGUGCCCAGCAGACCCCAUCUGCAGAAGGGUUUCCCUGGCUUUGUUAAGGGGAGCGAUGAGGGACACUGAAUGCCACACGCCACGUGAAGUCCCUCGUGCUGCUGUGUCUGAACGUGUGAGAUCGCUGUAGCACAGAAAAAGUGCUAAAUGCUCCUUAAAGAAGGAGCUUUGGAUGGUUUGGGAUACUCGAACUGGAACACCAACCAUCUGGGGUAAGUUUAUAUUUUUGUAAAGUGGGACGCCGAUGCCCCUGUACUCAAAGGAAAUGGUUAAAGGAAAUGCAAAAGGAAGGGGGCGUGCUCACUGUAGCGUAAGUAGUAACUCCCGGGACCACACCUUCAGCAUGGAUGGCGACGUGCAACCCAUAUGCCAUCUACCUACAGAAACGAGUGCUGGGGAGAGCAGGCACGAUGUACAGCAGCAGUUGUUCUGUUGCAAAGUGGGUUAGACGAAUGCUCAAAAUCAUAACUCCGUCAUUUCCCUGGCUGAGUGCUCGACUUUGCAACGUUAACGUUCUUUUUAGGUUGGGUUCUUACGUGAUAUUUAUGUUGUUCCCAUAGAUGUGUCCAUGGUUUCUUUUACAGCUUAGGAUAGCAUUGCAUUUUGUAAAGGCUCUUUACAAACGGGGCAUUGCAGCUUUAAAACCAAAUUUUGUGUCAAACACUAACAAUUUGUUUACGGGGUGUGUGUAUGUGUGAGCGUGCGCGCGCGUGUGUGUACUUUUUUUUAUUUCUUAAUUCCUAAGCCCUACUCAUCUGUCUCGGAAAUAGUCCCUGGGUCUUAUUAAAAUAUAUUCUUUUUUUGUUUAGGUUGAGUUCACUUUUUACAGAAUGCUUUUAAGCAACCUGGAAAAACGUGUAGAUUUGUUAAUUUAAAUAAAAUAUACCAUAUUGUGGA